CAUCACCACCCUUCGCACCCACACACUCAUCCGUCUCCCCUCCCCCCCUCCUCCCCCUCUUCCUCUGUGACCAUGGCGACGGCUGCGUCCUCCGCGCGGGAGCACCUGAUGGUGGUCCAAAGGCGGAGUCCGCACAUGCGCUACACCAUCAGCCCCGAGAACCUCCGCAGCCUAUCAGAGCAAGGGGGUGGGUCCAGGGGAGGGUCUGGGGAGUCUGGGGCGGAGCCUAUGGGCUUGCAGCGAGCCAAUAGCGACACGGACCUGAUGACGUCCGAGAGCCGGUCCUCUCUCACCGCCUCCACCUACCAGUUCACACUAGGCCACGCCCUCCAGAGCCCAUUGGUCAUCUCCUGGGACAUCAAGGAGGAAGUAGAUGCCACGGACUGGAUCGGGCUAUACCACAUUGAUGAGUCAUGCCCUGCUAACGUGUGGGACUCCAAGAACCGUGGGGUGAACGGAACCCAGCGGGGCCAGAUCGUCUGGAGGCUGGAGCCUGGACCCUACUACAUGGAGCCUGAGACAAAGAUCUGUUUUAAGUACUACCAUGGAGUGAGUGGAGCCCUGAGAGCUACAACACCCUGCAUCACGGUCAAAAACCCUGGAGUCACGGUGGGAGCCGAGGGUCAAGCGGAGGGCCAAUCGGUGACAGAGCACUGUCGUAGACUGGUCAGCUUCACCCUAUCAGACCUGCGUGCGCUGGGUCUGAAGAAGGGCAUGUUCUUCAACCCUGACCCGUACCUGAAGAUGUCCAUCCAGCCAGGGAGGAGGCGGGGCCUGCCGGCGUUCACACAUCACGGACAAGAACGUCGCUCCGCCAUCGUCACCAACACCACCAACCCUGUCUGGCAUGGAGAGAAGUACACGUUUGUGGCUCUGAUGACUGACGUGCUUGAAAUUGAAGUGAAGGAUAAGUUUGCCAAGAGUCGACCAAUCAUCAAGCGUUUCCUAGGUCAGCUGACCAUCCCUGUGCAGAGGCUCUUAGAGAGGCCUGCAGCAGAAGAGCAGUGUGUCAGCUACCCUCUGUCUCGUCGUCUGCCCACGGACAAUGUCAGUGGACAGCUGCAGUUCAGGAUCACCUCCACCGGGCAUGACGAGGCCUCUCCAGAUGCGCUGGGCUCCAUUUUGGGGGCGUCAGCCAACGGGGACCCUGGCAGCCCGUCAGACGAUGAGGACCAGCUCCAACCCGCCCCCCGCCACCGGGGCCCCUCCCCCACCGGCUCUGAAGGCUCGCUAUUGGCUGAGGGUCUGCGCAAUGGGGAGGGGCUUGGGGAGAUGGACGAGGAAGUCUGGAGGGAGGGGGGAGGAGAGGAGGAGGUCCUGGAAGGAGCGAACACAGGAAGCCACACCCACCGGCAGGUUUCGUUGAAUGACUACCUGGAUGCCAUUGAGGCAUCUAAGGCUCCGGGGGGGGUGGGGCCUCAGGGUGGGGUGUCGCCACGGUUACGUUCCAGCUUCCCUACAGACACGCGGCUGUCGGCCAUGUUGCACAUCGACUCUGACGAGGACGAGGAAGCGGAGCCACACGUGGACCAAUUGCAGCCGGGCAGGAAGGCUGUGGCGCAGACAGGCUUGGCUAAUGGGGUGCAGGCAUAUGGGGGGAGCCCCGUGGUCUCUGAGCAGGGACAGCAGGUUAGAGAGGGGCAAGCAGGGGGGGAGGGAGACACGGCCGGGCCUGGGGCCGGGGCUGGGGCUGAGACAGAGGCUAGCUCCGUGAUGGAGCCUCCAUCUGAAGCUGAGGCUGGCUCUUCUUCACGGUCUUCGGCUUGUGAAUCCGGUGCUGCUGCUCCAGCUGAAGCCCUGGGGGCGCCAGAGAGCAGCAGCCAGAUUACCUCAGCUGAUAGGACAGCCAGCACCUCCCUCCCUGCUCCUGCUACCCAGGCAGCUCAAGAGAGACAGGAAGGGGAGAGUAUACAGGAAAUAGCUCCCAAGGCUGAGGAGGAAGGGGCGGAGUCCUGCACCAGAGAGGUGGGAGGAGUCCGUGACAUCGCUGACCAGGGUGGUGGGGGAGUGGCAUCGGAAGGGAGGACCAAUGAAGAGGAGGAGGGCGGGGACAUCUGGCAGAGGAGGCAGAGCAUGCAGGCGUCUGGGGGUGCGCCUAAGGCAGAGGGGGCGGCCGAGCCGGGUGGGGCUACGGAGCCCUGUCCCAGUGUGGCUGAGAUGGACCGAGAGCCAGGGGCUGCAGUGAACGGUCACCCGUCUGUCCGCUCUCUUCCUUCUGUCCGUCAUGACAUCAGCCGAUACCAGAGGGUGGAAGAGACCCUUCCUCCCAACUGGGAGGCUCGUAUCGACAGUCACGGUCGGAUCUUCUACGUGGACCAUGUGAACAGGACCACCACCUGGCAGAGACCCACCGCCCCCCCCGCCCCCCAGCUGCUGCAAAGGUCCGACUCCAUCCAGCAGAUGGAGCAGCUCAACAGACGGUACCAGAGCAUCCACCGGACAAUGAACAAUGAGAGGACGGAGGAGCCGAUAAAUGAUCUGCCUCCUGACGAGCCCGACCUGACGAGCCCCACCCUACCCGAGUACCGGAGGGAUGGUGUGGUGGUCCCCUCUAGCUCCAGGUCCCGUCUGUCUCUGCUCCUCCAGUCUCCCAGCGCCAAGUUCCUCACCAGCCCAGACUUCUUCACUGUGCUGCAUUCCAACCCUAGUGCCUACCGUAUGUUCACCACCAACGCCUGUCUGAAGCACAUGAUCAGUAAGGUGCGGCGAGACGGCCAUCACUAUGAGCGGUACCAGCACAACCGUGACCUGGUGACCUUCCUCAACAUGUUCUCCAACAAGCAGCUGGAACUACCGAGGGGCUGGGAGAUGAAGCACGACCACACUGGCAAGCCUUUCUUUGUGGACCAUAACUGCCGUGCCACCACGUUCAUCGAUCCUCGGUUGCCCCUGCAGAGUGCCCGCCCUGCCGGCCUGCUGGCACACCGCCAACACCUGACCCGUCAACGCAGCCACAGUGCAGGGGAAGUCAGCCCACGCCGCAUGGUGAGUGAUGACCCUCGUCACUCUGGGCCUCCAGUCACACCUCGGCCCUCCAGCACGUUUAGCUCUGCCAACCGCGGCCAACACCAAGACAUGGUACCAGUGGCUUACAACGACAAGAUUGUGGCAUUCUUACGUCAGCCCAACAUCACUGAGAUUCUGCAGGAGAGACAGCCAGAGUUUAUCCGGAACCACUCGCUCAGGGAGAAGGUGCAGCUGAUUCGGAAUGAGGGAGUGUCAGGAUUGGCCAGACUGUCAGGAGAUGCAGACCUGGUCAUACUGCUGAGUCUGUUUGAGGAGGAAGUGAUGUCGUAUGUCCCUCCCCAUGCCUUACUGCACCCCAGCUACUGCCACUCACCGCGAGGAUCACCUGUAUCCUCCCCACAGAACUCACCUGGUACCCAGAGAGCCAACGCCAGGGCCCCUGCCCCGUAUAAGAGGGACUUUGAGGCCAAGCUGAGGAACUUCUACAGGAAGCUGGAGACCAAGGGCUACGGCCAGGGCCCGGGCAAACUCAAGUUGAUCAUCCGUAGGGACCACCUGCUGGAAGAUGCCUUCAACCAGAUCAUGUGUUACUCCCGCAAAGACCUGCAGAGGAGCAAGCUCUACGUCAGCUUCGUAGGGGAGGAGGGGCUGGACUACAGUGGUCCUUCCAGGGAGUUCUUCUUCCUGGUUUCCAGGGAGCUGUUCAACCCUUAUUAUGGUCUGUUUGAGUACUCAGCCAACGACACCUACACCGUGCAGAUCAGCCCGAUGUCAGCCUUCGUAGACAACCACCAUGAGUGGUUCAGGUUCAGUGGUCGUAUUUUGGGUCUGACCCUGAUCCACCAGUAUCUGUUAGAUGCCUUCUUCACCAGACCCUUCUACAAGGGCCUGCUGCGCAUCAUGUGCGAGCUGAGUGAUCUGGAGUACCUGGACGAGGAGUUUCACCAGAGCCUGCAGUGGAUGAAGGACAACGACAUCGAGGACUCCCUGGAGCUCACCUUCACCGUCAACGAGGAGGUGUUCGGACAGAUCACGGAGCGGGAGCUGAAGCCUGGUGGAGCCAACAUCCCAGUGACGGAGAAGAACAAGAAGGAGUACAUGGAGCGCAUGGUGAAGUGGCGCAUCGAGAGGGGCGUGGUGCAGCAGACAGAGAGCCUGGUCCGGGGCUUCUACGAGGUGGUGGAUGCCCGGCUGGUAUCAGUAUUCGAUGCUCGGGAGCUGGAGCUGGUGAUUGCUGGCACGGCUGAGAUCGACCUGGUGGACUGGAGGAACAACACAGAGUAUAGAGGAGGUUACCAUGACAACCACAUAGUGAUCAGGUGGUUCUGGGCUGCGGUGGAGAGGUUCAACAACGAGCAGCGACUGAGACUGCUGCAGUUUGUGACAGGCACUUCCAGUAUUCCCUACGAAGGCUUCGCUUCUCUGCGUGGCAGCAACGGCCCCCGCAGGUUCUGUGUGGAGAAGUGGGGCAAGGUCACCUCCCUACCCCGGGCUCACACUUGCUUCAACCGUCUGGACCUGCCUCCGUACCCGUCGUUCUCCAUGCUGUAUGAGAAGAUGCUUACUGCCGUAGAGGAGACGUCCACCUUCGGACUGGAGUGACCCCUGACCCCUGACCCAGUCCUGGGGGCUGUCUCUCCUCCCGACAUCAGUCAACAGCUACAGAGGAACCCCACAUCCAAGACAAUGGGAAUCUAGACAUGACACACACGCACACACACUGCCGGGACUGAGUACACUCAGAAGGCUGUGCCUGAGCUCACAGUGAUUACCAGAGGGUGGCUCCCCUGGUGGUCUGGAGGUAUCAGUGCACCAACAGCAGCAGCAGCCCUCAGAUGACUCACCACGGGAGUCUGCAGCUCUGAUUGGAUGAGUCAUGGAACUAGGCUCAGACAGAACAGUAAACCGCCGUUAUCUUCCGCAACCCUUUGUCAAUGUUUUAGUUAUCAUAAUUAGGGCGUGAUCUUAUCCUUGUUCGUCAACCUACUCUGCUAAGAUUGAGGAACGCUCCUAAAAAAACCUUCAAGUUUUACAGUUUUGUUGUGUUUUUAACCUCCUUCUCUUGUCUACUGAGUGUGUGACACUUUCUACCGAUGUUUUUUCCUCGUAUAUACUGCCCUGCUUUGCUUAGUGGGCCAUGUUGAGUACAUUAAUCGAACUAAUGUUUUGAUAUGCAGACUGAGGAUUGUGACUUGAUGACACUUGUUUGUUUACAUAUGAAGGUGGAUGUACCGUGAUAGUAGGUAAAUAACAGCUGCACACGUACACACCCACACACGCACACAUAUGCGUGCAGCUACACAUACACACACACACCCACAUACACGAUUACAGUAAGGAGCACACAUAACACUAUUUCAGGCAUGCAGACACACAGGUAUACAUCUCUGUGUGUGUGUGUCUGUCUCUAUCUUACUCCCUCUCUUUCACACACACAACCCUUUUUUCCAUCCAUAUCAUGAUAGACAUGCCUCUGCAGUGCUCCUAAGUAUUUGCACUGAAUGUACCAAAGGUUGGGGGCCACAAACAGCCUUCUCUCUCUCUCUCUCUCUCUCUCUAUCUCCAUGUAUCUCCUAAAUCUCUUACAAAGAUGACACCACCAUCGAAUGUUGCACCACCCUUGACCAUAUCUAAACACACACACACACACACACACUGCCACACAGAGGACACUGCCACCCUUGUGACUAAUCUGAAAGUUGCAUCCGUGUUUCAGUCAUUCUCACACGUUUUGUAUCAGAAUGUUUAAUUCACUGCUCAGAAUGUUUCACUGCCCUCGCCCUGCCAGCAACAACCUAGCUACUGGCUGCCUGGUUGACUGACUUGUUGGCUUGCUUGACUGUCGUUAGUGACUUUCUGGCUGUCACUGGUCAUCGACUGACUUGCUGAUUUUCUGACUGGUUGUUUAGAUUUUCCAGCAGACUUCCUGACUGUCACUGGCCAUUGACUGGCUAGCUGACCGGCAGGUGUGGGGUGUUUGUGGUUGUGUCUUUGUCAGAGCUACACUCUAUGCAAAGCUUUUUUCUCUUGGUCACUCUUAUAUGAUUGUAUGACAUAGAUAAAAUUAAUUG